CCCUGCGCUGCACUCAAUUAGUAGGGGACAAGCUCUCCCCUACCAAUUGGCUUUCGUUCUUUAUGCUAUCUGGAUGGUUCUAACCACUCCUUUUUGGUACACCAAACGUUUCUGGCGAACCAUCGGCUGGUUCUUCCCAUCUCCUUUUCUUUUGGCACCCUUGGAGCAGAUUACAUUCAAACGGUCCACCUAACCUUGCUCUCUACUCCCUAUAUUUCGUCCGAGCUGGUUUCAUCCCUUCAUCCCUGCCACCCUGCCCAAUGGAUCCUGACACCGAAAUCCAAUUCGAAUUCUUCCCCUUCAUUCGCCAGUACAAGAGCGGCCGCAUCGAGCGUUUCUACUUCCCUCGCAAUACCCCCGCUGCCUUCGACCCCGAAACCGGCGUAACCUCCAAAGACGUCGUCAUCGACCCGGAAACCGGCGUCUCCGUCCGCCUCUUCCUCCCCAAGCUCGGCGACAUCGCUCGGAAGAAGCUCCCGAUCUACGUUUACUUCCAUGGUGGAGGCUUUGUCAUCGGAUCCGCCUUCGAUCCCCCCUCCCACCACUACCUCACUCCCCUGGUGGCCAGAGCCAAUGUCAUCGCGGUCUCGGUGGACUACCGCCGCCCCGAGCACCCGCUGCCUAUAGCCUACGAGGACUCGUGGGCGGCGCUCAAGUGGGUGGCGUCCCACGCUGCGGGCGGCGGCACUGAGGCGUGGCUGGCCGAGCACGGAGAUUUUGGACGCAUUUUCUUGGACGGCUGCAGCGCGGGGAACAUAGCCCAUCACAUGGCGCUGCGCGCUGGCACAGCGGAGCUCGGACCUGAGGUGAGGAUACGAGGGAUGGUAUUGAUCCAUCCCUAUUUCGGGGGAAGAGAACCGUUUCCUUCGGAGUUGGCGGACAUGGGGUUGAAGGAGAAGAUGGACGGGAUGUGGGUGCUGGCUUGUCCCGGGACAGUUGGGAUGGACGACCCACUAGUGAACCCGCUGGCGGAGGCGGCGCCGAGCUUGAAGGGAUUAGGGUGCGAGAAGCUGCUGGUGUGCGUGGCGGACAAGGAUAUCUUGAAGGAGAGGGGGAGGGCGUAUUACGAUGGAGUGCAGAGGAGCGGAUGGGGAGGGGAGAUGGAGUGGUUGGAGUCGGAGGGGGAGGGGCACGGGUUCCAUGUUCAGAAGUUCAACUGUGAGAAAGCUGUGGAGCUGAUGGAACGUACGGUGAAGUUCAUUAGUGGAAGCUGAAGGAUUUUUGGUGCUGGGAAAAGGGCUGGUGAUGGGAAAUGGAGAAGGGGAUGGUAAUUCCAUUGAUGGGAUUUGGUAAAUGGUUGGUUAGCUUCAUCCAAAGGAAAGCUCUUAAUUUCUAUGGUGCUUCUGGGAAUGGUGAAGUGAUUCCCGUAACAGAGAGUGCCCAUUGUUAGAUGGGAGAAUAAGAAUGAAUCGAAAAUGUCGUUGAUCUCUUCUUUUCGGAUCAGUUAGUUGACCUCAGUUUCCUAUUUUUAUGUUUGCCUGCAGGCUAAGUGUUCUGUAUUUUGACUUCUUGUUUCUAAUUGCUCUUCCGGUAAUCUGGUUCCGUUGGUGGUUGGAUAAAAAAAUGUCAAUGAACUUUCAUAAUAAUGACAUUUCUAUUUUAUAGGAAAAAUCA